GAAAGGCCGGAAGCCCUCAUUUCGUCUCAGUUUCCAGUUUUCACUAUUUAUGCACAAAAAAUCUGUUUAAAAGACAAAAGCAAGUCCUGUACUCAGGGCUGGGCUUUCGAGAGAGUGAAUGGGUUUGAGUUGAAAAGAAUGGGCAAAAAGAGUGUAAAAGUGAUGUCAAGACUGGAGUGCAUGCAGUUGUGUCUCAAUGAACGCGACUUCGAGUGCCGGUCCGUCAACUUCGACACCAUUGGCCACGAGUGCUCCCUAUCCGAUAUGGACAGACACACCGUCAACAUCAACGAUGACGGAAAAAUAAGAAACUACGGGCCCUCUAACCCUACGAUGAGUUACAUGGAAAACAACUGUAUCCAAGGAAUCGAUUCUAUCAAAGAUUGCAAAGAGAAGUGUCUUAACAGUCAAUUCAGAUGCCAUUCAUUUGAUUUUAGUGACAAUAUCUGUCGUAUAAGUCAUUUGGACAAGAAUUCGUUGACACACAUCGAGAAUCCAUAUAUCAAAGUGGUUGGGACCACAACUUAUGAGCUACUCAUGUGUUAUAAUGUGACAAUUAGCUGCCGUUCCCGAGAAAUGGUGACGAGAGUGAGGACAAGUCGACUCUUUAAUGGAAAAAUUUAUGCCAAAAACAAACCAAACAAAUGUGUUAAUGAUAUAACAAAUAGUUUAGAGUUUGAUAUCAAGAUGAAAUACAAUAACGAUGAAUGCGAUGUCAAGCAGUCAAGUCCUGGACAUUUCACUAAUGAUAUUGUUAUCCAACACCACGAUAUGGUGGUCACGACCAAAGAUCUGGCACUUGGAGUCUAUUGCAAGUUUAAUCUCUAUAAUGAUAGCAUGUCUUUCCUCGACUUGACUAUUGAUGGGUAA